AUGGAGCAAGUGCUAAAGGAGCGACUGCUCCAACUCCGUCAAGAUCUGCGACGGGCUUUGGAUGAGAGUUGGUUGAAGCUCAUCGACUCAGUCGAAGAAGAUUUUCUGCAGGCCCAUGGCGACAGUGGCGUCGACACAGUCGCCGUGUUGCAGGAGGCAGACAAGGAUCCAGGCAACCCUGGCGCAGUAAGUCGUGGAAGCAAUCCGACCGAGUACUCGGACAAGGAGUCGGUUGACUUGGAGAUGAAUGACGAUGAGGAUGCAGAGGAGAUGGAGAUCCGUCAUAUUGAAAAGGAUCUAGAGGAGCCAACCGGAAGCGCUUUGCAGAAGUUCUGUAGGUACACCAGAGCCAAGCUGGCGCGCGCUGAGCGAAGGGUCGUUGAUGUUGGUGUGGGAGUUUUUAUCUGCCUGAACACCGUGGUCAUGAUGCUGGCGCACCAACAGAUGGGAUAUGAUGCUGCAAGAGAUAUCGGGGAGUAUGACCCGGGCAUGGAUGGCCUCUCCAUUUCCGAGGAUGUGUUCGUUACCAUCGAGGAGAUGUUUGCUGUCGUCUUUUUGCUGGAGCUUUGCGUCCGACUGUGGAUCCACAGAGCCAACUAUUUCCGCAACGUUUUCAACGUGUUCGACGCCUUUCUGGUUGCCAUGAGCCUGGUGGACAUGUUGAUCAUCAAGCCGUUGGCGGGUUCUGGGCGUGUCAACCUGGUUGUGCUGCGGAUCCUGCGCAUCCUCAAGCUCACUCGUUCCCUCCGCGUCAUGCGCACGAUGCGCCUCUUUUCUGGUUUGCGUGUCCUGGUGGCCGCAGUGAGUGCCUUCCUUCCGUCUCUAUUUUGGUCCAUGCUGUUCUUGACCAUUUACAUGGUCUUGGGUGGUCUGUUGAUCGGCAACUUCGUGAUGGAGUUCAUCAACGAUGGAGGUCAAGACUUAGAGAUGCGAAAGUGGAUCUGGCAGCACUACGGCACAUCCUACCGAGCAACGUAUACAAUGUUCCAGGUGACUUUUGCAGGAUGUUGGCCUUCGUAUGUGAACCCGCUGUACGAGAACGUCAGCCAAUGGUAUUCAGUCUUUUUUUGCGCCUAUGUGACGUUUGUGGUUUUUGCCGUGAUGCGGGUGAUUACUGCGAUCUUCAUCAAGGAGACGCUCGAUGCUGCAGGCGAGGAUCACGAGGUCGUGAUGUCCGAGAAGGAGGCCACGAAGCAGAAGUACAUGCGCAAGUUGGAAAGAGUCUUUCACGAAGUUGACACGUCUGGCGAUGGCCUGAUCUCAGAAGAUGAGUUCAAGAGCAUGAUGGAGGAUCCAAAUGUCAAGAGGUUUCUUGCCGGCUUGGAGGUGGAUCUCAGUGAGAGCCACUCGCUCUUCCACAUGCUGGCUGACGAAGAUGGCCAAGUCUCAUACACCAAGUUCAUGGAAG